UUUUUCUUUACAAACCAGAAUGUUCCAUUGCUUUCUUUCUCCUGGGCUCAUCUUUACUUUUCUUCUUCUUCUUCUCCUCUUCAAGGCUAUUAACACAUUGAAGAACAGAAUGUUAAUGCUUGAUGGGAUGCCUGCAGUCAGAGUCAAAACGGAGCUGCUGGAAUCAGAACAAGGGUCUCCCAACGUUCAUAACUACCCAGAUAUGGAAGCCGUGCCCCUCUUGCUGAACACCAUGAAGGCAGAUCCAGAAGAAGAUGCCUUGUGCACGGAUCAUUUCCAGACGCAGACGGAGCCGGUGGACUUGUCCAUCAACAAAGCACGAUCCUCCCCUCUUGCCACCUCAUCUUCACCAGUAUCCAUCACAGCCUCUGCGCUGUCCCCCUCUUCCACUUCAACGUCUUCUAGUCGGCCAGCUUCGUCCCCAACGGUGAUAACCUCGGUGGCAUCAGCAGCAUCGGCACCAUCAGUAUUAACUCCAGGUCCGCUUGUGGCAUCUGCCUCGGGUGUUGGAGGGCAGCAGUUUUUGCACAUAAUCCACCCAGUUCCACCUUCCAGCCCCAUGAACCUACAGACCAACAAAAUGAGUCACGUCCACCGCAUUCCUGUGGUGGUGCAGUCGGUACCGGUGGUCUACACUGCGGUGAGAUCACCAGGGAAUGUCAAUAACACUAUAGUAGUACCAGUACUAGAGGAUGGGAGAAGUCAUAUCAAAGCACAAAUGGACCCUCGUGGCCUGUCUCCCAGACAGAUUAAAAGUGACAGUGAUGAUGAUGACCUGCCCAAUGUGACUUUGGAUAGUGUGAAUGAGACUGGAUCCACAGCCCUCUCAAUAGCCAGAGCAGUUCAAGAGUAAGUAUGGAGUCUCCAGGCUGAUGUCAAGGUGGGAAGACCUCAUCAUGUGGCAUUUACUAGA